AUGUUGUUUUCCAUUCCAUUUAUUGUUGUCUUUUCAAGUCUUUGUUUGUUAACGAAGCAAACAGAAAUUAAAGAGAGCGAUGCAGAGAUCUCUUUGGGUCAUAAUAUUGAACAAGGGGGCUAUGUUGAAGAACCUAUCUUGAAUUCUCAAAGCAAGGAAAUAUAUAAGGAGUGUCUUAAAAAUCAUGCUUCAAGCAUUGGGGGCUAUGCUCUCGAUGGUUGUUGCGAGUUUUUACCUGCUGGAAUCAAAGGUACUUCUGAAUUUUUCAGAUGUGCCGCAUGUGGUUGUCAUAAAAACUUUCAUCGUAAAGUAACUAUUGCUAGAGAACCAACUCAUUUCCUAUUCAAAACCACCUAUAGUCCUCAGCCAACUCCCAUCUCGAUAGUCCCUCAGACUACAAAUGGUUACCGCCAUGCAACUGGGCCAUCGAGCGGGUCCACAACAUCCCUUGCUUUUCCUUCUACAAUUAUCCAUGAUGGGGUCGUCGAAGGUUCUUCGAGCUCUAAAAAAAGGUUUAGAACUAAAUUUACGCCAGAACAAAAGGAGAAUAUGUUGAAUUUUGCUGUAAAAAUAGGUUGGAGAAUUCAGAAACAUGAUCAAGAAGUUGUAGAGCAUUUUUGUAACAAAAUUGGGGUUAAGUAUCAUGUUUUUAAAGUUUGGAUGCUAAACAAUAGGAACACCGUUGGAAAAAAGCAUUAG